ACUGACUGCUCGGUGUUGGAAAGAGUCGGUCGCUGUGGAUCAUUGUUAGUGCUGGAGAUCAGCAGCAGUGUGUGGAGACCGCACUCGAUCAGACCGCUGCUCUCGGGAUAGAAACGAGAGUCCCGCUCCAGAAGUCUUGCACAUAGAAACGACCGAUUCAUAUAAGAGAUUGAGAAUUAGAGGCUUGGCCACUGUUUAUGUCUCUGGCUAGGUUGCUAACUGGCUGGUGUCCUAAUGGAAAGAGCAUCUGAGUUGGUCUGAUGUGAGCCGCUGAGCGUCUGGAUACAAUGUUUCUCGUGUUUGUUUUCGUCGGAGCGUCUCUCGCGCUACAGAGUAACAGCAGCGCGAGCGCGAGCGCGAUGAUUCAAAGUAACCGAUCCAGAGAUUCGCUCCUUCAGGACUGACUGAAGAAACUCUCUCAGGCCAGCUUUUAUGUGCAUCGGCACUGUGCACUCCAGAGCAAUGCCUAUGAGAAUGUCUUAGCCCAGCAAGCACUUGCAAGGGGGGACUCUGCUAGUUUUUCCCCCUUUGGGAACUCUAGUUGAUGAGUCAACACUAGUGAUGGAGAUCCAUUAAGUCCUGUCCCUGACACUAUUCAUUGCCCUUUCCCCCUUUACCCUUUACCCCUGCCUUGCCUGGCUAGUGCACAAACAUGCUGCGCUUCCUCCCACUCAAGCUUGGCCGUUUGUACCGGUGUCUGAAGCUUCUUUUUGUCAUUGGCCUGUUUGUCAUCUUGCUGAUGAACACGCACAACCUCUUCGCCUCUUUCCAAAAGAAUGAACUCACCGACCGAAGGUUCAUCAACCUCAACAAGUGCCCAGCCUGCUUUGGCACCAGCUGGUGUCGCAAGUUUAUGAAUGGACAGAUAUCUUUCGAGACAUGGGGUCGUCUUCGCUUCCUGGAUGUCUUCAAUGUGAAAAACGUUUUCUUUGCCCAGUACGGGGAGCCUCGUGAGGGUACACGGAGGAUUGUACUCAAGCGUUUGGGUUCCAACCAAGAGCUUACUGAUAUUGACCAGAAGAUCUGCAAGCGGGCAACGGGCCGAACUCGUUGCGAUCUUAUCCAGGCCAUGUACAAGACUGAGUUUGCCCGACUUAAUGGGGACGUCAGACUCCUAACCCCAGACGUUGUGGAAGGCUGGUCAGAUCUUGUUCAUUGUCCGUCCCAAAGACUGCUGGACAGAAUAGUCAGGAGGUAUGCUGAGACAAAGGACUCUGGAAGCUUCCUCCUGAAGAACCUUAAGGACACAGAAAGGAUGCAGCUGUUGAUGACCUUGGCUUUCAACCCAGAGCCCUUAGUGCUUCAGAGUUUCCCGUCAGACGAAGGCUGGCCAUUUGCAAAGUACCUGGGUGCAUGCGGGCGGAUGGUGGCGGUGAACUACGUGGGCGAGGAGCUGUGGAGUUUCUUCAAUGCUCCCUGGGAAAAGAGAGUAGACCUGGCCAAGCAAUUGAUGGACAUUGCGGAGCAGCUUACUAACAACGACUUCGACUUUGCUCUCUAUCUGCUGGACGUUAGCUUCGAUAACUUCGCCGUGGGCCCGCGGGACGGGAAGGUCAUUGUUGUUGAUGCAGAGAAUGUUGUGGUGGCCGACAAGAGGUUGAUCAAACAGAAUAAGCCUGAGAACUACGAUGUCUGGUACGAGAGCAAGUUUGAGGAGUGUGACAAGGAGGCCUGUCUUUCCUUCUCUAAAGACAUGUUGUGCUCGCGGGUCACAGUGGACCACAACUAUUACGCCAUAUGUCAAAAUCUACUUUCACGAUAUGCUGUGUGGCGGGGCAGCUCCGGCGGACUUCUUCACGACCCCCCGCCACACAUAGCCAAAGACGGCCAGCUCGAAGUGUUGUUGGACGAAUGCGCCAACCCUAAAAAGCGAUAUGGCCGCUUCCAGGCAGCUAAAGAACUGCGCGAGUAUUUAACCCAGCUAAGCAGUACCGCUAGGUAAUGACCGCCCAUCCCUGUCAAUGCUUAACAUUCACCCAUCAAUGUCCGAUAGGGCUGUGCAAUUAAUCGCAUGUGAUUGUCA